AUGUUGCACAGGACGUCUCCGCCUUUGACAAGCCUUGAGCUUCUCAAGAGGAGGCCCUCCGGUCGGGGCUGCAGCAUCAGCAGGAAAGCAUUCAAGGCAUCGUCCACAGAUGUCUCGACCGACAAUGCGCAACGUAGAGACGAGGAUUUCUUGGCUCGUGUACAUGGCCUCGCCAAAGAGGCGCUGACGUGGCCCCAUCUCACGGAGGAGUUGAAGUUGAUGUGGGCAGCGGCACUGCAGACUGACACUGUACCUCUUCAGGAGUUGCCUCCCUGGUUCUGGGAGCGACAGAACCUCUCGCGCCGCAGCAUGG